GGAUUCGCAUCACACGGCGCUCGACUUCGCACGUGAAAAGGUCACAGACGCUCCCGUUGACGGCGCUUGAGGGAGGGAGGAAGAGGGCAGAAUGGGCGGAACCAAAUUCAACAUAGAGGAGUACCUUCUCGAGCUGCAGAUGGUGAAGACGCGGAAGAAAGGAUACGCUAAACCCAGGAUUCCGAAGACCCGCUUCUGCAGAUAUUCCCAAGACCCUGUGACGGAUGACCUGAUCUGGAGGUCGGUGGUGCGAGGGGAAGCGAGCUCGGCGAAACGUAGGCAGGCGGACUACGGCAGUGCACAAUGCGUGGUCCAGUAUACCUAUUCCCCAUCGAGUGCCUCCUCAAGCAGAAGUUCCUCAGCUGAUCAUAGGAGGGCCGAAGGAUCAAGUCAGCUAUCCAGUAUCCAAGCAGGACCCCCCCUCCCCACCACCUCGGCAGGAGUGAUCGGUUGGAGAUCUUCGCUUCCCGACCUUCAGCUGGAACGAUUCGGAAUUCGCUAGUCAUUUGUUUACAUCGACGCCCUUCUAAUUUUCUCUUUCUACAGAAAAUGGAAAUUGAUGAUGAUUUUCAUUAUUCUAGCGUGAUCUAUGUUAUUUAAUUAGGAUCAGUUCACUCAGGGUCUGUGUUCAGUGUCCAUGAGGUGGCUUGUCUACAUCAAGGUGAGUUGAAUUUUAGAUUAAGCGAAUGUUAGGUUGUUUCCAUGAUUCUAGAGAGGAUAUUCUAGGAUUCUGAUAGAGUAUAAGUCAUUUACUGUUUAUCUAAAAA